AUGACCUCACCAGAGGUGAGUGUUUUAACACAGACUUAUGGCGGGCUUACCCUCGGGAAGCUCGCGCCCAAACAUAUUGACUAUUUCUUGGAUGACAACACCCAAGAUUUCAACAAAUGGCAUCGUCAAUUCGAGGAUCUCAUUCGUAAUUCCAUAGUACCGCUUCCUGAGCAGUGUAAGGUAAAUGCGCUAUAUGCCAGUCUAAGGGAGGAUGCGCGUGAUAUCAUUGAGGAAAUGCCUCCUGAAGACAAAAACAGUUACGAAAAAGUGGUCGCAUUUCUACGCACGCAUUUUGAAUAUCCGCAGUUUCGCGCGUUAGCUAGACAGGAGUUGUCUAACUGUAGGCAAAAAGAAGAUGAAGAUGUGCAUUCAUUUAGUAACCGCAUCAGGAGAGCUGUUCAAAAGUUACUAAAAGGGGCGCCUAAAGAAAUGGUACAAGACAGACUUUUGGAAGAGUUUGUGGAGCGUUUGCGGCCAGAAUUGAAAUUCCAUAUCAAGUCGCUAGACCCCGCAACUUUUGAUGAGGCUUUGAGAAAGGCGCGUACAUAUGAGUCUCUUUGCAAUCAAAUGGCCGACGUUAUGGUUUACCAUCCAGUCAAGAAAGAAGAGAGCCACCACCCAACAACUACCGGCCUAGAGAUGCUGUAG